GAACUAACCUCCUGCCGGCGGUCUGCGACCGGAGGACCCAGCCAACCUGCGGGUGCGCGGCGCCACGCUUUGAAACCUGCGUGCCCCGGCCCGAGGUUGUCUGUGGGCCCAGUCGCUGCCCUAGGCGCCGCCGCGCCCUUAUGACCUACAAAGGAGGACCGGUCCGCGCACAUCCAGCCGCCGGCAAGCCAAAGCAGCCAUGUGGCCUCGGCUGUUGUUCCUGUACUGCGCGGCCCUGGUAGCCUUCAGCCUGUGCCAGGAGACGCCUCUGCGCCCUCUGCAUCAGGAGUCCCAGCAGAGCUCUACGCGACCACGGCGACAGGUCACACUGUUCCAGCUGCCUCGAUUGCUCUUUACGUUCUUCAGGGUUCUCAGAGAGACAAGAAAUGAUACAAAAAGCGCCAUACGACAAAUUUCCCAAAUCCUCAACGAUAACAUUCGAGAUGCACCAUCAACAGUGCAGCCUCCCUCUCAGAGCACGCCGCCGGGCGAGGGCGGCGACAACAUGACGACCACCACGGAGUACGUGCUGACGCGCCAGGAGCUGCUGAGGAUCGCGCGUCUCAACAUCCGUGGGCUCGUGCGGCUCUUCAAUCAGGAGGUCGACAUUGCUGUCAACGAUUCGUAUCGCAAUGUGGCACAAACACGUGCCGAGUUCCGCGAGUCUCUCCGGCAAGCUCUGCGGCCAGCUACGACCACGACCACGACGACCACUACGCAAAGGACCACGACCUCAGACAGCAACGAAGUCUAAGGUCGAGCACAGCCAGCGGUUGCUCAUAACCUCAAGAGCGUGGCACAGUGACUUCUUUCAUGGUGACCUUAUUUUCUCUAAGGAGAAACUGUGCAAUUAACAUUCUUCCUAAGUUUAGUGGUAAUACCAUCUCCAUUCCAAACUAUCAUGGUGUACUCUAUGUUGCUGUGAGUGCAAUCGUCGUGUAUAGAAUGAUGUACAUGAAGGCUCACAAAAGUAGUUUCGUACUGAGGAUUAUCUUAAAAUAUUAUAACGAUGUUUUAUUGUGUUCUCUUAGGUUGUGAAUACAGAAGUGCCAUUGUCUCGAUGCACAAGGUGCAGCAUAAAUAACAUUCACAUCUA